AAUCCUCUCCAAAGCCGACAGGAAGCUUGCGAAGAAAGCGAGCACUCCCAGAGAAAAUCCCAAUGCGAGGCCUUUAGAACCUCGAGCUUCUAUUGAGAGACCAAUUCUUGGCGCAGUCAUUACAGGUCGCCGAAACGAAGGUGAUAUCGCCAACAUUGCUGCUCCCGAUCCACCCCCCAGUUACGGGUAUAACCCUUCUAGCCAUGCCGGUAACCAUUUAAAAAGUUGCCGCUCAUAGACGGCCAGGUGUCUAUGGGUGGGCUUGGUAAUACCCUGGACGACAUUCGACCUUGCUCGCCCUCCGGGUCUAAGGUUAUAACGCCGUUGCAGAAUUCCAAGCCGGCGCCGGCGCAACUGGGCAAGGUAGCUGAUUCCGGCGUCGGCGCCGCGCAGCAGAGAGACGCCCUAGGGAAGGCCGAGGAAAAACAACGCGAGCAAGAUGACUCGUGUGCUCCAAUACAGCCUCAGAGCUGGGCACCCAAGUGUAAAGCGAAAUCGCCCUACUUUGCUACCCUCCCCACCCCGACUAGUCCACCAAAAGAAAAAGCUUCGCGCCCUCCACGGGGCACGGUUCCAUGUACCCCCUUCCCGCGUCUAGAUGCCCCGACAUUUGGCCUGGUUCAGGAGGAGCUCGCUGCCGACCCUUUCCGUCUUCUCGUGGCCGUAACUUUCCUCAUACGCACAAAGGGAACGCAGGCCAUACCGGUAUUCCGGGAGCUCAUGCUGAGAUAUCCAAGCCCACAUGACCUAGAAAACGCGGAUGCGGACGACAUAGUGUCCAUGAUCAAGCACCUCGGCCUCGCCAGGGUUCGCGCCGCUGCCAUCCAGAGGUAUGCACGCACCUGGAGGGUAGACCCACCUCGAGCCGGCGUUCGGUACGAGGUGAAGAAUUAUCCUAGACUAGACGAAGGAGUCAACGCCCGACCCGGUGAGACUUCGGAGGCGGACGGCGCUCGACCGUCGUCGUCGGCCUGGGAGGUCGGCCAUAUGACGCAGGGUAGAUACAUUAUCGACAGUUGGAGGAUCUUCUGCCGGGACGUCCUGCUCGGUCUCGCGGAGGACUGGAAGGGCAAGGGGCGCGAAGGGGAGUUCCAGCCAGAGUGGAUGCGGGUUUUGCCUGAGGACAAGGAGCUCCGGGCGUGUCUCCGAUGGUUAUGGAUGCGGGAGGGCUGGGUCUGGGACCCACGGACGGGCGAGAGGGAUGUGUUGCCGGAAACCCUCCGCAGAGCGGUCGACGACGGCCGGGUCUCGUACGAUGACUCUGGCGAGCUUCGGAUCGUCGAGAAGACAGGUAAUUAGCCAACGCAUGCGCGCUCCGCAGGGGCUAGCUUUUGCAUAUUAGGGAAGGGUGUAGCAUAGGAAGGCAGGUGGUAGACGAUAUGAGGACAGAAGCUGGUAGAGAAGGAGACCCCUGCGAGUAGCUAGCGAGCAAUAUCGUUAUGAUUACAAUGACGGCGUUCCCUUUGGUGUUGUGGUUAUCUAGGCUAAAGUAGUCU